AUGCCCACGCUUACCACACCUCUGACCACCCUGCUCGGCAUCAAAUAUCCGAUCUUACUUGCAGGCAUGGCUCGCACAUCUUCCGGGCCCCUCGCCGCUGCAGUCUCAAAUGCAGGCGGCCUAGGCACCAUCGGUGGUCUAGGAUACAAUCCUCAGCAACUACGAGACAUCAUCACGGAUCUGAAGUCACAUCUCGCUUCUCCAGAUCUACCUUUUGGCGUUGACCUUGCUUUGCCUCAAGUAGGUGGCUCGGCGCGAAAGACUAAUCAUGACUAUACUCAUGGGCAACUGGAUCAGUUGAUUGAUGUCGUUAUCGAGGAAGGAGCGAAGUUGUUUAUCAGUGCUGUGGGUGUGCCGCCGAAACGAGUCAUCGACCGCUUGCAUGAAAAUGGUAUUCUGGUUAUGAAUAUGGUCGGGCAUCCUAAACAUGCAAUCAAAGCACUAGAGGCUGGUGUCGAUUGUGUUUGCGCGCAAGGUGGAGAGGGUGGAGGUCAUACAGGUGACAUUCCUGGCAAUAUCCUGAUUCCAGCUGUUGUGGAUACCGCCAGCAGGUACAAGAGUCCAUUGACUGGUGAGCCUACUCUAGUGGUAGCAGCAGGGGGUAUAUACAAUGGAAGAAGUCUAGCAGCUGCCUUGAUGCAGGGAGCUGCUGGUGUAUGGGUUGGAACGAGGUUCGUUGCAAGUGUCGAAGCCGGAUGCUCGAAGCUGCAUAAAGAAGCAGUAGUAUCGGCCAAGUUCGAGGACACAUUGCGUACGUUGGUCGUCAGCGGUCGGCCCCUUCGCGUUCGCAUGAACGACUAUAUCCAGUCAUGGGAGAACAGACCAGAGGAAAUCAAGCGACUGACCGAGCAAGGCAUAGUGCCGAUGCAGAAAGACAUGGACGACGAUAGAGACGUCGACUUGCCAUUCUUGAUGGGUACAGUAGCUGGUGUGAUCGGCGACGUGAAGCCUGCAAAGGACAUCGUUGAAGAUAUGGUUAGAGAGGCAGUUAACAUGUUGAAGAGAGGACAAAGCUUCGUCGCGCGCGACAGCAAGUUGUAG